CAAUCGCCAAACCUGGCGACGGUUGACCAUGUUGUUUUACCCUUGCGGUAAAAUGGCAUUUCAGGUUGUCCGGCCUCGGUUUCCAAUUGCUUUCUAGCUCUCUCCCCUCCAGCUUCGGGGACAAGCUAUGUCCUUGGGCCUGGUGCCUCAACGGCAUUGCCAUCGUUGAUGGCGUCUAUGCGACUGGCUUUUUGUGGUACUGAGGUUCCCGGCAUCCGUGGCACUGUGAUAUGUCCCCUGUUGCUUGUCGACGAAUCCUUUUGGGUUCGUCCCUUCGAGGUUUCAAACGAUUUCAUUCGUGCAUAAGUUAGCAGGCGAAUAGGGCCGCAUAUCACCAGUGGCUAGGCUUUCUCUGGGGUCGUUGACCUUGGGGGUGCUUCUGCCCCUGUGAUGCCCUUGGGGCCCCGGUAGGCCCACAGGGAAGGGUUUUGAGAGGUAACAACUCCACGAUUCCUUUAGCCGGAUAUGUCGCUAAUGUGCCCCAGCGAGCUUUAGCUUGGCGAAAAGGUACGCCCAUGGGUGUUGGCUGGCUUGAACCUCUUGGAGUUUGAUCAUUGCACAUAUUCUCGUCUAGCAAAGAGUGUCUGAUAUUGAAUUUUGGACAACAACCUUUGAGAACUUGCUUUUUUUGAUAGGCUUUGCCUUGUGAAGGAGAUUUCCAGAUUUUCCCGUGCAACCCUGCCAAAACAAAACAAGGGCACACAGCAACGAUGCGAUGCAGACUAGUCCCAUUUAUACCAAACAUUGCUACCUCCAUCCUCAUCUAUCAAAUUUUUCAUUUGCCAAAAGUCGUUCUCCAUCUUCUCUGCUUCUCUUGGUUAUAUUUCCCAUCUUCCACCGUAUUUCUUAUUCUGCUAUCAAGUAGCGCAUAAUAACCCUAGACUCCUGGCCGUCUUGCUCCUGAUUCAAUCAAACUUAUUACUAAGAUGAAGAGUUAUCCAGAUAUUACCCGCCGAAGUGAGCAGGAAUCGGAGUUCGACUCCGAACCUGAGGGCCAUGUGGCCGGUCCCACCUUGAGCGACGAAGUGGAUUCAGAAGGCGAUAUCGAAGGCCUUGAAUCCGACAAAGAUGAUGCAGUCGCCCAAGAGGGAUCUUCAAAACGCGUCGCCAAAGCAGGCUCAAAAGAUGGACAAGUCCUCGAACGUGUGAAAUAUCACAUUGAAACUAUGCCCCCUGAGGUGCUUCGUGGGACUUAUACCGUCAUGCCAACCCCUAAGCCCAAGCGCGGUCUUGAUCAAUCCCUACCGCCUAUUAGCAGAAUCGAAGAUAUCUUCGAUGAUCUCGUUGCUAAGGCUGAAAAGAAUGGCUUUGACGGCUUUCUGAGCCAUAUCGGAAGUCGAGAGCUGCGGGUUGCGUCGAUGUGCUCUGGCACGGAAGCCCCUCUCCUUGCAUUAGACAUGAUUGCUGAUAGCUUCAAACGGCUGUUCGGUAGAUCAUUCCAUUUGCACCAUUUGUUCAGCGCGGAGAUCGAGCCAUUCAAGCAGUCCUACAUCCAGAGAAAUUUCUCACCGGCCAUUCUCUUCAGGGAUGUUAAUGAGCUUGUCAACGACGAAGCCACCACCGCUUUCGGAUCGAUGCGCAAGGUUCCAACCAACCCCGAUCUUCUGGUUGCCGGUUUCUCCUGCGUUGAUUUCUCGCAAUUAAACGCACACAAGAAGUCUCUAGAAGACAUGGGUGAAUCAGGUCACACUUUCUUCCCCAUUCUUCAAUACGUAAAGCGCUGCAGACCGCCGCUGGUUAUUCUCGAGAAUGUUCAUAGUGCUCCUUGGGCAAAAAUUAUGGAGGUCUACCAAAAGAUUGACUACAACGCAUACCAUGCGUUCAUUGACACAAAAAACUUUUACCUUCCACAGACCCGAGAAAGAGGCUAUUUACUUUGCAUUGACCAGAGAAAACUUGAAACGGAACCACCCACAAAAAAGGGUGCAAAGACAUCAUUGCUUGCUCGAAUGAUGAAAAGUUUCCAACGUCCAGCGAGCUCCCCCGUCACGCAUUUUCUACUUAAGCACGACGACCCUCGCCUGCGUGUUGGAGUUAAUGAUAUAUCUGUCCAGGUGGGGAAAGACCGCCAAGCGGUCGACUGGACACGAUACAAGGCCCGCCAUCUUGGGUACAGAAUGGAGAAUGGGCUGGGGGAUAAACGGCCUCUUACGAGAUGGCAGGACAAUGGCACUUGUCAAAUGCCGGAUUUCUAUUGGCAUGGCUGGACGAAAACCCAGACGGAGCGAGUUUGGGAUACGCUUGACGUCAACUUCUUGCGAGCCAUAGUGCGUAAAUCGGACUUCAUGUCAAAGUGCCGUGUGAUCGACCUUUCGCAGGGCUUGGAUCGAGAACUUGAUCAGCGCGCUUCCGGUAUAUCAGGCUGUUUGACCCCUCGUGGCCAACACUUUAUCAGCACGCGUGGCGGACCACUUCUCGGCAUAGAAGCUUUAGCUCUCCAGGGCAUUCCCACCGACAGACUAUUGCUGAGUAGUGAAAGCCAGCGUGAUCUUCAUGACCUGGCGGGGAACGCGAUGAGCUCACCUGUGGUUGGCGCAGCAAUUCUAUGUGCGUUAAUAGCGGGACACAAGGCGUUGCUACCCGGCCCGCCUCGUGUAGACGAACCUGAGACACCACAUUGUGUCUCCCUUCCACAUUCUGUGCGUCAAGAUUGUCCGAUGCGCGAUGUUUCUGUAGAGCUAUCUGCAAUCGCAUCGGAGCCGAUAAAGGAUAUUCUUUCUAAGGGGCAUCGAAGCUGCAGACUUUGUUUUUGUGAGGGACAAAGUGGAACCAGAAGGAGAGACAUGCUCAAGUGCUCCAAGUGCAACCACACAGCGUGCGUCAGGUGUGGUCGGAAUCCGAGUCAUGUCUAUGAACCAAUUCCAGAAAAGGAGUUAGCUUUACGAAUCGCUCCAAUUGACUUUGAGAUCUACAUCAAAAUGAACUUCCCAAUGCGUUUGCAACUGAAGGGCCUUACCCAGGAAUUAUUCGAACAGUUCCGAGAGCCAUGGACAUCGAAGGAAGUCCUGUCUGCUUGGAAAGCUUUUAUGGGCACCGUAAGCCUCGCUCUCGGGGAGGAACUACGAUUCAGCGGUAUCAGCCGACAGCGUUCAUGGACUGUCACGUACGAAGGAACUCAUUCGUUGCUAAAACUGAUCCUUUCGCACCCUAUAGCCCGUAUGGCCCCAUCUAACUCGCUCCUUAAUGGCGCGUGGCAUGUCGCCGCCCCAAUUAGUUCUGACUGUUCCCUCUUCAUUACUGGCUGUGGGCCUCACGUCGAUUCGCUGGGUGCGAGAGUUGGCCUGACUGACAAAGAAUUCCGAGACAAGAAGGUCUGGAGCCGCCUUGACAUCGAUUGCAGUGAUGAAGUCAUCUCCAACCUAGGCAUUGAAAUACGGGGCCAGUACGAGCUUUUGCAAGAUUGCGGUGGACCUUUCGGUAGUCUUCACAAAAAAAUAUCUGGUGGUUCUGAGCAGCCCCUUUUUUUCUUUGUUGACCCGACUGAACUCGGUCCCGAACAACUGGAUUCUUGGGUGUUAGCCACUGACUACACUCGAUUAGAUCUCGGCCAGACGCGAGAAGUUAUCGCUCAAUUACAGCCAGACUGGGAUGCGUUUGAAUUAGGGCAAGAAUCUCAGACCGUCAAAACCUGGUUCCGCAGAUGGACCAAAUCCCCAAACACAUCCCUGAGUGCUUAUCUUCCUUCGGCUUCUCCUAUUUACCACAUACUAGACCACGAUGCUAUGUAUGGGAUCUGCCGAUUCAACUGCCAAGAUGCGUAUGCUCCCAUUUUCAACUGUUCAGUUCCUGCCACUUCUGAAGAAUCAAAUUGGAGUCCCGGCGCUUGGAAAUGUUCAAACCUCAUGGAAUCUCCGAUAUUUCUUCAGAAAUUUGCGUGGCUGUUACAAAAAGCCGUCUCUGUUGAUCAGUUUUCUGAGUGGAUACCGGUGGAUCUUGCACGACUUGGCUCCCGGUUGGAUUGCUUGCUCUGUGCUCCAUUGAAGCCGCGACUAACCUGGGCCCUAAAUGAAAAGGACCGGAUCUGCGCAUUCGAGCACCCUGAGGAUGCAACUGCCUACGAACGAAGUGUCAAAAAUCGCCCAGCACCAUUUCUUGGAUUCGCCUCCCUGAGUGAGGACUCAUAUUUGCAGUUGCGGAUCUGUUUGAAUUUUCUUACUCUUCUCCAUCAAGCAAUUGGAAAUCUGCCUCGCGCCUCUACGGAGCCGUCGUUAAACUGGCGUUUGUGCAUUGAUAUAGCAGGAUUCGUACGUCAACGACUUCCAAAGCUUGUCGAAACAAACAAUAAAGAUGACGUUGAAAAUAUCCAGCCACCCGGCUUUAAAAAGUACAGCCUCCGGCCAGAACAGCUGCGAUCCUUGACCUGGAUGCGGGCACAGGAAAGCCCAGAGGUUCAGCCUUUUGAAGAAGAAGAAGUCGUCGAAGCGUUGCUGCCGGUAAUCAACUGGCGUGCGGAAGGCAAAGCUACCGUUGAAAAGCUAGUGCGAGGCGGAAUUUUGGGCGAUGAUGUUGGAUAUGGCAAGACGGCAAUUUCGCUUGGUUUGAUUGACGCACAGUUUGAAAAUGACUUGAGGACUGUUCCUGACAGCCGAGAUGGACCAAUCGCCAUCAAGGCAACUUUGAUUGUUGUUCCAUAUCACUUGUUUGAUCAGUGGCUGAGGGAGAUUGACAAGUUUUUGGGCUCGAAAUAUCGCGUACUGCAAAUCAAGACUAUCAUUGCACUUCGUCCUUUAGAUAUUACAGAGAUCGAGAAGGCAGAUAUUGUAUUGAUGUCUGCGUCAAUCUUCCGGGGUGUUCAUUAUUACGAGCUAAUGCGACUGUUUGGUGCCGUACCUGAAGUCCCAAAGGCAGAGGGACGUGUUUUCGACGAGUGGCUCCGAGAUGCUGUGAAUGGUAUUCACAAUCAUCUACGUCUCUUGCGGACCCAAGGGGGACUUGACGUGCUCGGUAGUAUCAAGGAGAAGAAUGUCCGGCUGCGAAUUGACGCUAUAUUUUCGAAGUACAAUCCAUCGAAAAGGCUUAAGGGCCAAAAGCUCCAGGAUCACAUGGCAAAGAAAAGUAAAAUGGAUGCAGAAGACAGGUCAAAGGCAACAAACAUUCAAGGUGAAGACGAUGGGUCCACGAAAGCCUCCACCCCAGUACCUGCUCCUAAGGCUGGAAAACGAAAAAGACAGGAUGACGAAAAUAAACCCAGUGCAGAUGCUGGCCCAGGUUCCAGACAAGGCCAGCAGCCCAAAAAGGUGAAAGCGGAGCCCGCAGUUGACAGCCAAGGUGACGCCGAAGCAGCUGACAAGGCGUUCCAUCUUCAAGACGCCAAAUACGACUGGAAACGCGUCCGCUGUCCUUUCGUUCACAUGUUUGAAUUCAACCGCUUAGUCAUUGAUGAAUUCACUUACUCGAAAGAAAGGAAUUACUCUACCGUGCUUGCGAUUCCUGCAAGAAGCAAAUGGAUCCUCUCUGGUACGCCGCCUUUGAAUGAUUUCGCUGAUGUGAAAUCCUUCUCUCCAUUCCUUGGAAUCAAUCUAGGAAUCGACGAGGACGACUGCAGGCGAACAGAUAACGAAAGACUGAGGGCAAUCCAGCGAGACAGAACAGAAGUUGAACAAUUCCAACCUUUCAUUACGCGUCGCAGUGCUGCGUGGCAUAAAAGACGACACGAUAUGGCUCAAAGUUUUCUUGACAGAUUUAUGAGAAAGAACGAACCAGAAAUUGGCGAGAUUCCUUUUACCGAGCAUAUUUGCGAAGUAGUCCUUUCUCCCGCCGAACGCGCGCUCUACAUUGAACUGUUCGUACAGGUUAUGUCCCAGAAUCUGAGGACUCGGAAACAAGGACGAGGGUUAUAUGAUACCGCUGAAGUGGCUCGAUUAAACCAGAUCAUAGGCGAUAGCGACAGCCCCGAAGAAGCACUUGUGAAGCGAUGUUCCCUGUUUUCUCUCGAGGAUAUCCUUGUUCAUGACGAUAGAGCUCCAGCCAAUAGUGAAGCAGCUGCCCCAGAUCAAAAGAAACUGGGCACCGGCAAUACCAUUUUAGAUGUCCGCUACAAAGAACUGAGGGAUCUAGCAGCUGAUCUGCAAACGAAAUUCAGACAAGCACUUUGGCUGAGAUCCAAGCUGGAUGACGAUGUGAGGAACCACUUCGAUAAGACUCUGAACCUCAUCGAGACGAAUAUUGGGGCUGGUGAGUUGGGAGAUAAUUUGGUGAGAAGAAUAAUUCGGAAAUGUCUUGACUUUGCGAAGGUCAACUCAAAGGAAUCAGAUGGAGAAAGCUUUUAUGUUGCUUCGAAGAAAAAGGACUCCAGAGACAGCCGACCGGAAUUCCCAGCUACCGAGAAAGCUACCGUCCAAGAUCUAAACAACUGUAAUGACAGUAUUCGUCGACUCAUCGCCGAGACUCGUACUCGAACCCGAGCUUCGAGAGUCUUUCAGGCCGUUCGAUAUUUUCAAACGUCGGCCCACAAUGCUGCCUACUACUGCCAUUACUGCUGUAGAACAGAGUAUGACCGAAAUUUGAUAUAUAUUUUGGGCGAGUGCGGUCACAGUUUAUGCGGAGCAUGCCUUGAUUUGCGGAGAAGAAAAGGCGACUGCAAGUGUGAUGGUUGCACUGCAACUCUGGAAGGGUACAGAGUCAUUCCUGGCGGCGACUUUAAAGGGGAAGUACCUCAAUCGUCGGAUGAUUCCUGGGCCGAAUUCGGAGGAAGCAAGAUCGGCGAGCUAGUCAAGCUUCUUCAGGACACAAGCAGAAUUCCGGAAGAUGACCAGGUUUUAAUUUUCAUUCAGUUCACGGAUUUAGUAACAGCAGUGUCUAAAGCUCUGGGAAAGGCGGGUAUCCGGCACAUCACCAUCAUAUCAAACGACCGUUCUGCAGGAAAAUCGUUGGCUGAUUUUCAAAAUGGAACAGAGGAGGUUAAAAGCAAGGCCCUUAUACUCGCUCUCGGAGACGUUACAGCGUCAGGCUUAAACCUCCAAGCUGCAAACCAUAUCGUCUUCUUUCACCCGCUGAUCGCUCGAUCACAGUAUGAUUAUGAGUCCGGCAUGUCCCAAGCCAUGGGAAGAUCUCGCAGAUAUGGGCAGCAAAAACAUGUGCACAUCUACCACUUUUUGGCGUUAAAGACAGUUGAAGUAAAUAUCUUCGAGCGCCGCAGGCGAGAAUGCUUGGUGAAGCGAGAUAAGAUAUUCGUUUCUCUUCUGAAAAAUGAGAUCCAGGACGCUGAUGCGGCCAACUGGAGAGGCUAUCCUUUGGAGGGCAGUAAUGCCGCGCUUUUCGACGACGGAAUUGAUGAAGGAAUUGAUGAAGAAUAAGAAGAUUGGAUCAUGAUGCGAUUCUUUUUUUUCUUUUGUUCCCCGGCUUUAAUCUUGCAGUCGGUUUCUCUAGAAGCUUCAAAGGCUUUUGCCCUACGGAAGCAAGUCGUUUUGAUAGUUUCAAAUACAAUUGCUACGGUCGAUUACCUUCA